CAUGCGGUAGGUGUGUAGAAACAACGACAACUGCGAAGAAAAUCAAUAAGCUUCACACACCACUUCACCUUCACUGAAGAAGAAAGAGAAUAAUGCAGCUCUUCAACAUUCCUCUUUUUGGCCUUAUCCUGUUCUUAAAUCUGCCGCUGCUCAGCGCAUAUCCUGUCUACAACGGGUUACUGACCAAUGACGACAUGGAUGUCUUAAAGGUACUUCUCCAUCGACUUGGAGAGUCCAUUCCUGAGCGGAGCGAGGUCGAGCGGGUCGCCACAGAAAAGUUGGACAACAUGACUCACGAAGCCAUCGCAAUGGUUGCAGAGGAUGAGCGUGAGCAACAACAAAACCGACUCGACAAAUCCGCAAUAAGAGAGUUCCUCUCGGCUCGGGACCUGAAAACUGUCCGAAACGACUCAACAUCGAAGAGAUACUCGGGCUGCUUCGGGCGAAGGCUAGACCGAAUCGGCUCAAUGAGCUCUCUUGGAUGCAACACGGUUGGCAAAUACAAUCCAAAAAGAAGAUGAAGUCUUACACAUUACCUGGAACAGCAAAGUCAAUACUUACCAAGGGGUAUUCUUAUUUAUAGUCUGUAGGCUACCUAUUUAUUUUCAAUUUAUUACAUUUUUGUUUAUUGCCAAUAUAUUUAUUUGAACCAAUGCAAGAGGUUUCUUUAUAUGGUGUCAUUGGUGUACAAUAAAUGUUUACAAUUGCUCA